UUUAUUUUAUUUUUUUUUUAAUUUUUUUCUUUUUAACAACCCUAGCUGUCUUUCAUCACUCCUGCCGCGCUGCCGUGGCCGCCGUUUACAGUGCCACCGUUUGCAGCGCCGCGAUAGUCUUCGAAACGUCCCCGAUUUCUUUCAGCUGUACCCUGCCACCGUGGCACGACCCCGAUAUGUAUCCCAGCCAUCCCCGUGCCGGAGACGUAUCGGGUACUUGAAACGGGUUCCUUUGCCGUCCCCGUUUCAUUCCAUCUUGUAAUUUCCUUUUUACCUCCUCACAUGGAUCAAAAUCUGAAAACAGCUGCCGAGUCGGGCAACGUUAGCCAACUGUAUGAAUUAAUCGAGAGAGACGGAAACGUUUUGAGGCGGUUCGAUAAGGUCGAGUUCAUCGAGACUCCAUUACACAUAGCUGCAGAAAAAGGGUGCAUUGGGUUUGCACUGGAGAUCAUGAACUUGAAGCCAUCCUUCGCUAAGAAGCUGAACCACCGAGGCUUGAGCCCCAUGCACACUGCGGUCGGAAUGGAGCAACAAGAGAUGGCCCUGCGUCUCCUGGAAGUUGAUAAAGAUGUUGUUCGUGUCAGAGGAAAGAAUGGCGAGACCCCUUUUCACUACCUCUGUAAACUUGAAAACCAACCCCGUCUGUUGGAUAGAUUUAUGCAGGCUAGUCCCGAAUGUAUGAGAGAUGUUACGGUUCAGAAUCGCACUGCUUUGCAUAUCGCAGUUGAAAGUAUCAGGCCGGACGUCCUAAAAGCCCUACUCCGAUCGCUCGGAAAGAAGGACUAUUAUCAGGAAGUGGUGAACAGACAGGACGAGGACGGCAACACUGCACUCCACAUAGCUGCUACCAAUAAUCAACCUCAGAUGCUCAGGUUGCUACUAGAAUACAAGGCUGAUAAACAUAUAACCAAUCAAGCUGGUUUGACGGCGUUGGAUGUAGCACAUCAAAGUAAUAACAGAGAAAACAUUACUAUUCUGCGUCGUGACUUCAUUCCGGGAGUUUCGAACUUGAAAUACAAGUGGGGCAAACGAAUCGUCAAGUACGCUGCAAAAGCAUCAUCGCUAAUUUUUCACGAUAUUGACAAUAUAUCAGGGGAUGACCGUAAUGCCUUACUAGUAAUCUUAGGACUGCUCCUAACUGCAACCUACCAAUCCGCUCUUAGCCCGCCUGGUGGUAUUUGGCAGGGCGACGAUGCUUCAUACGUCAGCUCCACCGUAAACGGUGAACGUAAGCUCCCAGGGUCGUCAAUGAUGGACACAUAUAAUUUUCUUUAUUUCUAUAUUCCAGCCUAUAUCGUCUUCAUCGUAACCUUUUUCCUAACUCUGGGUCUGCUUGAACCAUUUCCCCAAGGUUUUAGGUCCUACUUUCGUGUCUUGCAGUGUGCUUCGAUCAAUCAGUAUCUGUUCUAGCCCUAACCGGUCCGGCAUAUACAGUUGUCAAUAUAUUUUCUAUAAUCCUUUUCAUUUUAAUGGUGUUCAUGGGUAUCACCCAUAAGGUGUCAAAACUGAGUGUUUCCAUUGUAGUAUGUUGGAUAUUCCCUUCGAUUCUUUACAAUUACGAUGGUCAUUUCCCUCC